GGGCCGCCUCUGACCGCCUCGUGACCUUCCGCAGGCUGCUUGGCCACAGGCGAAUCCCCCGGGGCGCUGUCCACCACAGUCCCGACCGACCCCAGAGCCACCCGUCCCUCAGACUGGCUUCGCCUUCCCCGGCAGGCCAACACUCCAGGGACCACCGCUCCACCGACGACUGCGGGGGUCGCUGCGGUGAAGACUGCCGGGUCCGUUCACGAGACGAAACCCAGCCAACUCCGCUUCUGUGGUUCCUCCCAUGAGGCAGACCCUACUCUCAGGGACCCAGAAGCCAUGACUCGGCGGUGGCCAUGGAUGGUCAGCGUGCAGGCUAACGGCAUACAUAUCUGUGCUGGCACCCUUAUUGCUUCCCAGUGGGUGCUGACCGUGGCCCAUUGCUUGACCCUGCAUGGUGUUAACUACACAGUGAGGGUGGGGAGUCCAUGGAUUAACCAGACGGCAGCAACCAGCACCGAUGUGCCAGUACAUCAGAUCAUCGUAAACAGUGGCUACCAAGCCAAGCGGUACUGGUCUUGGGUCGGCCGGACCAAUGACAUCGGCCUCCUCAAACUCCAGUGGGGGCUCAAGUACAGCAAAUAUGUGUGGCCCAUCUGCCUGCCUGGCCUGGAAUAUGUGGUGGACGACAAUUCUAUCUGCACCGUGACAGGCUGGGGAUAUCCCAAGGUUAAUGGUGAGUGGCCCCAGUUCCAAACCCUUCAGGAGAAGGACGUCUUCAUCAUGAAUAGCAGGAAAUGUGAGCAAUUCAACCACAAGUUCUCCAGAAUCCCCUCUCUGGUCCGGAUCAUCAACUCUCAGAUGAUCUGUGCCUCAGAUGACAACAGGGAAAAGUUCUGCUAUGAGCUAACUGGUGAGCCCUUGGUCUGCUCUUCGGAUGGCACAUGGUACCUGGUGGGAAUGAUGAGCUGGGGCCCAGGCUGCAAGAAGAGUGAGGCCCCACCCAUCUUUCUGCAGGUCUCCACCUUCCAGCCGUGGAUCUGGGACCGCCUUAGUGGGGAGGCCCUGGACCUUACAGCCCCUUCCAGGACCUUGCUCCUGGCUUUCCUUCUGCUCCUCAGCCUUCUUGGCACUCUGUGA